AUGUCCUCGGAAACUACCGCCUCAAACGGCGGCCUAACCCCCGACCAGCUCGCCACCUUCCAGCGCGACGGGUACCUCAUCAUUCCUGAUGCCCUCCCCCCCACAACCGUGCAAGCCCUCCUCGCCGAAACGCACAAGCUCUUAGAGGAGUUCCCACUAUCAUCACACCCUCUAACACGGUUUAGCACCGGCGAAAAGUCCGCCCAUGUCGGUGACGAGUACUUCCUAACGUCCGGCGACAAAGUGCGCUUCUUCUUCGAGGAGGACGCCUUCGACACCCAGGGCGACUUGACCAAGCCCAAAGCACGCGCCAUAAACAAGAUAGGGCACGCUUUGCAUGCUCUCUCACCACCAUUUGCGGCGCUCUUGGAUCCGGCGUUGAAUCCGGAUUUACUGGGCGCAGGGACUAGUGGGGGUAGCGUGGAAGCGGGUCGUAAGGAGAGUCAUCCUGCGGCGAUUGCGCGCGCUCUCAGAUUCAGGGAUCCGAGGUGUCUCCAGAGUAUGGUCAUCUGCAAGCAGCCGGAGAUCGGGGGUGCAGUGCCGCCGCACCAGGACAGCACGUUCCUGUACACGGAGCCGCCGAGCGCCGUGGGGUUCUGGUAUGCGCUCGAGGACGCGACGGCCGAGAACGGGUGUCUGAGUUUCCUCCCGGGGAGUCACCGAUGGGCGCCUAUUCGGCAACGAUUCGUGCGCGCUCAGGGUGGAGGCACCGAGUUUGCGGAUAAUGAGGAAGCGAAAUUUCCGUCGGGUGAGGAGUAUGGGGUGAGGGAUGGGCAGAACGAGGAUGGUGAGUAUAAGAUGGGUGAGGUAAAGGCGGGUUCGCUAGUGUUGAUACAUGGUAAUUUGCUACAUAAGAGCGAGAAGAACUUGAGUCAGAAGGGGCGCAUCAUUUACACAUUUCAUGUUAUUGAGGGAGAGGGGACAAAGUACGAUGAGCGGAAUUGGCUUCAACCCCCGGCAGAUGGGUUUACACGGCUGUACAGAGACUAA